AUGGCCUCCAUCUCCGAGCUCACCUGCAUCUACUCUGCCCUCACCCUGCAGGAGGACGAGGUGAUAGUCACAGAGGACAAGAUCAAUGCCCUCAUUAAAGCAGCUGGUGUCAAUGUUGAACCUUUCUGGUUUGGCUUGUUUGCAAAGGCCCUGGCCAGUGUCAACAUUUGGAGCCUCAUCUGCAAUGUAGGGGCUGGUGGGCCUGCUCCAGGAGCUGGAGCGGUGCCUGCUGCUCCAGCUGAGGAGAAGAAAGUGGAAGCAAAGAAAGAAGAAUCUGAGGAGUCUGAUGACGACAUGGGCUUUGGUCUUUUUGAUUAAACCUCUUUUGUUAACAUGUCCAAUAAAAAGAUGAGCCUGU